AAUGAAAUUUCAAUAUAUUUUUAUAUUUUAUAAGUUUGAAUAAGUGGUAAACUAAUAAUGGUUAGCUCAGUUUCAAAUGUUAAAAUUACUUUGGCAAAUGGUUAUGAAGUUCCAGUUUUAGGAUUAGGUACAUGGAAAAGUUCUCCUGGAAUUGUUGGAGCUGCAAUUGAAGCUGCUAUAGAUCUUGGCUAUCGUCAUAUUGACUGUGCAGCUAUUUAUGGUAAUGAAAAAGAAAUUGGAGAUGCUCUGAAAAAAAAGAUUAAUGAGGGAGUUGUUAAAAGAGAAGAGUUGUUUAUUACUUCAAAGUUAUGGAACACUCGUCAUGCAAUUGACUUGGUUCGCCCAUCUCUUUUACAAACACUUGCUGAUCUGCAGCUAGAUUACUUGGAUCUUUAUUUAAUUCAUUGGCCACAUGCUUUUAAGUCAGGUGAUGAAAAAUUUCCUAGAGACAAAGAUGGAAACUUGCUGUAUGAUGAUGUUCAUUAUAAUGAUACAUGGAAAGAGAUGGAAAAAGCCGUUGAUGAUGGAUUAGUUAAAUCAAUAGGUUUAUCAAACUUUAAUAGCCAACAAAUUGAUGAUGUUUGUACUCAUGCUCGUGUGAUGCCCCAAAUGUUGCAAGUUGAAUGUCAUCCAUACCUUACUCAAGAGCUACUUAUUAAGCACUGUUCUGCAAAAUCAAUUACUGUUACGGGCUACAGUCCAUUAGGAUCUAAAGACCGUCCAUGGGCUAAGCCUGAAGACCCAUUAGUUAUUGAAGAUCCUGAAAUAACUAAACUUGCUGAGAAGUAUAACAAAAGUAAUGCACAGAUUUUAAUUCGCUGGCAACUGCAAAGAGGUCAGUGUGUCAUCCCAAAGAGUGCUAAUCCACAAAGAAUAAAGGAAAAUUCAGAGGUGUUUGACUUUGAGUUAAGCAAUGAAGAAAUAGUGCUAAUAAAUUCAUUAAACAAAGGUUGGAGGUGCUGUUUACCAAUGAUUGAGGUUAAUGGAAAAUCUGUGGAAAGAGAUGCACACCAUCCCCUUUAUCCCUAUAACAUUCCUUAUUGAUAAAAAAAGCAUUAUGAUAUAUCUACUAUAUGAAAUACCAUAAAAAACUU